AUGUUUGUAUCAGCUGACGUCUCUCGUUGGUCACGUGACAGCCAGCUAAAAGCUAACUUCACAGGGUUAUAUGGAGUGAAUAUGGAUGCGAGCCGGUUUUCACCGAGACAGAGACACGGUGUCACCGGGCCACGAUAACCUCUUCCCCGCCCCCCUCUGCGUACUCUUCAUCUCCGUGACCUUUGCCCUUCUUUAUUCCGACGUGGCUCGUGUUAACCUGUUAGCACGUUACCUGUUUAGCGUGUAGCCAGCGAAGCUAACUGACGCAGCGACUCGCAGCUGCACCGGCGAAAACACCGGCGGACACCGACGGAGGAGCGAUGGCUUCGGUUCGGGUGGCGGUCCGGGUCAGACCCAUGGACAGACGAGAAAAGGACUUGACGGCAAAAUGCAUCAUCAAGAUGGAAGGAACCAAAACCUCCAUCACCAACCUGAAGAUUCCUGAUGGCAUUGGAGGAGACUCGAUGAGGGACCGAACUAAAACCUUUACCUAUGACUUUUCCUACGACUCUUCAGACUCUCACAGCUCCAAGUUUGUCUCUCAGGAAAAGGUUUUCAGAGAUUUGGGCGUGGACGUGCUGAAGGCGGCGUUUGAGGGCUACAACGCUUGCGUAUUCGCCUAUGGUCAGACCGGCUCAGGGAAGUCUUACACCAUGAUGGGAAAUCCAGGAGACGCAGGUUUGAUCCCGAGAAUCUGUGAGGGGCUGUUCAGCCGCAUCUCUGACGCCACCCGAUGGGAUGUCGCGUCGUUUCGUACAGAAGUCAGUUACCUGGAGAUCUACAACGAGAGGGUCAGAGACCUCCUGAGGAGGAAGUCCACUCAGACCUACAACCUGAGAGUCCGGGAGCAUCCCAAGGAUGGGCCGUAUGUGGAAGAUCUGUCCAAACACCUGGUGCAGAACUACAGUGAUGUGGAGGAGCUGAUGGAGGCCGGAAACCUGAACCGGACCACGGCCAGCACCGGCAUGAACGACGUCAGCAGCCGCUCGCACGCCAUCUUUACCGUCAACUUCACACAGGCCAAGUUUGACGCACAGAUGCCCAGUGAGACGGUCAGUAAGAUCCACCUGGUGGACCUGGCAGGAAGUGAACGAGCCGACGCCACUGGAGCCACCGGAGUCCGAUUGAAGGAAGGAGGAAACAUCAAUAAAUCUCUGGUCACCCUGGGCAACGUCAUCUCUGCUCUAGCUGACAUGACCCAGGACGGACUCAACACUAACCUGAAGAAGAAGUCUGUGUUUGUUCCGUACAGAGACUCUGUGCUGACGUGGCUGCUCAAAGACAGUCUGGGCGGGAACUCCAAGACCAUCAUGAUCGCAACCGUUUCUCCCGCUGACGUGAACUACGGAGAGACGCUGAGCACACUGCGCUACGCUAACCGAGCUAAAAACAUCAUCAACAAACCAACCAUCAAUGAGGACUCCAACGUCAGGCUCAUCGGAGAACUGCGGGCGGAGAUCGCCCGAUUGAAAGCUCUGCUGAUUCAGGGCAACCAGAUCGCACUCCUUGAUUCGCCCACAGCUCUGAGCAUGGAGGAGAAACUUCACCAGAAUGAAGCCAGAGUUCUGGAGCUGACCAAAGAGUGGACCAACAAGUGGAACGAAACCCAGAACAUCCUGAAGGAAGAGACUCUGGCUCUGAGGAAGGAGGGGAUUGGUGUGGUGUUGGACUCUGAGCUUCCUCACCUGAUCGGCAUCGAUGACGACCUCCUCAGCACCGGCAUCAUCCUGUACCACCUGAAGGAGGGACGGACGUAUGUGGGCAGAGAGGACGCGUCCACAGAGCAGGACAUCAUUCUGCAUGGUCUCGAUCUGGAAAGUGAACACUGCAUGUUCCAGAACCAGAAUGGAACAGUGACUCUGGUUCCACUCGGUGAGGCUCAGUGUUCAGUCAACGGAGUCCAAGUGAUGGAGCCGAUGCAGCUCAACCAAGGUGCUGUGAUUCUGCUCGGCAGGACCAACAUGUUUCGCUUCAAUCAUCCAAAGGAGGCGGCGAAACUGCGGGAGAAACGAAAGAGUGGCCUGCUCUCCACCUUCAGUCUGUCUAUGAGUGAUCUGUCCAAGUCCUGUGAAAACCUGUCCACUGUGAUGCUCUACAACCCAGGUCUCUUCACACAGAAAGGCCCCGUCUUCCUCAGGCUGGAGUUUGAGAGGCAGCAGCGAGAAGAGCUGGAGAAACUGGAGCUCAAAAGGAGGCUCAUCAAGGAGAUGGAGGCGAAGCAGCAGAGUGAGAAGGCAGAGCUAGAGCGCCUGCAGCAGGAGGUGGAGAGCCAGCGCAAAGAGUCUGAGGAGGUGCAUCAGAGAAUUCUGUGUCAGGAGGAGAGCCUGCGCCGCCGCAGCCAGGACAUCGAGAGCCGCCUGAGAGACUUUCUGGUUGAGAAGAUGCGGUUUGAGGAGGAGAGACGCUCUGAGGUCCAGGGGGAGGAGCUACAGUGGCGGGGGAACCAGCAGCUGGUGGGUGAAGCGGAAGAGGAGCAGCGUUUGCAGCAGGAGGCUGCGGAGCAGACUGAAAUAUACCGUGAACUGAAAAGGCUGAAGAGGGAGCGCGAGGAGCAGAAGGUUCGUCUGGAGGCUGAGCGACGGCGCCUGGAGAAAGAGGAGCGCGAGCAGCUGAGUCUGGUGGGGAGGCUGGAGGAGCAGCUGAGGGACAAACAAGAGGCCGCCACCACGCUGUUGACCCGUGACGACUCCCACCGCCUGGAGGAGGAGCGCCAGGCGCUGGCUGAGAUCAGGGGAGUCCUCCUUCGUGCCAAAGAGGCCGGUGAACGGCCCGAUGUGGAGGACACCAGCGAGGAGGCCGGAUCUGCCCAGGCUCGAUACACAGAGUUCAAGGCGGCUCAGGUGAAGGAGCUGGGCCUGCUGGAGGAGGGGCUUCAGCAGCAGAGGGAGCGCCUGGAGAAGGAGGUCACCGCUGAGAGAAACACCGUGCUGCUCCUCACCCAAGGCCUCAAAGAAAGACAGCAGCUUCUGAAAGAGAUGCAGGAGAAGAGGGCGCAGGACACCACAGUCAUCUGCCAGGAGGAGCAGCUGGUGAAGCAGGCGGAGCUCAGGCUGCGCUUUAAGGAGCGGCAGCUCGCCAACCUCUGUGACCGCCUCCUCCCAGCGCUUGCAGAGGAGAAGCAGCGAGCCUCAGAGGUGCUGGAGCGCGGCAGCGGGAACUGCCCCGCUCAGCCUGAACUGGACAACACGCUGUACCAGGUGGAGAAGGAGCUGGAGGACAAGGAGGAGAAACUGAAGCUCCACCUGCAGAGGGCGCAGCAGCUGCUGCAGCUGCAGGAGACGUACGAGUUCACGGCCAACGUGGCACGACAGGAGGAGAAGGUGAGGAGGAAGGAGAAGGAGAUCCUCGAGUCUAAGGAGAAGCAGCAGAGGGAGGCGAUGGAGGAGGCAGUGGCUCGGCUCGAGAGGAGGCACUCGGCCCUGCGCCGCUGCGUCUCCAUGGAGCCCCACAUCGAGGAGCAGAGGAACCUGAGGAGGGCGGAGCUUGAUCAGCAGAGGGUGGAGCAGGAAAUCCAGAGGCUGAGGCAGAGGAUUAAUGAAGGAGAAGAAAACAACAAGAAUCACAGCGUGAAUAACGAAGAAAGGAGUCUGAGCACGCUGCUGCCGCUGUCCGACGACAGGAUAAACGCAUACAUCGAGGAGGAAGUGCAGCGACGCUUACGUCAGAUGAAUCUCCUGAAAGCGAGCAGCAGCAGCAGCAGCGUCGUGGAUCUGUGCGGGUCCUGUGACUCUCUCAGGGAGGACGAGGAGGAAGUUAGCGCCUGUAGCUCUGUUAGAGUAACAGACGAGGACGAAGAGAAGCUGCACGACAUGAAUCCAAGGAGACACAAAUACGAGAGAGCGAGAACACCGGAGCCUCACUUCCUGACCUCACAGGAAGUGAACUCUCCUACUAAGUUGAAGACAAACUCGGCAGAAGACUCUGAGAACCUGCUGCUAACGCUGCUCCCAGAAGAAAACCUCUUGUCUAGAGAUGAAGCCUCGGUUAGAAAAGAGGUGUCUCACAGAGAAUUGAGCAACGUCGCGUGGUUGCAGGGAGGAGACGACCGUCGUCUAGGAGAAGACGUUGACAGAUCUGUCAAUGAACCUGAUGAUUCUGCAAACACAGAGGACAGAAGCUCAGGACAGAAUAUCACUGAAAGUGAAGAAUAUGAUGACGUAGAUGGAUCUCUAAACCAAACAUUUGACCUGGGGACAAAAGAGGACACACAACUUGUCAGUUGUCUCUCUUUAGAGACACAGGACUCUGUUGGUGGUUGCAUCACUGCUAAAGAAACAAAACCAGAGUCCCAGAGCAAGCACAAGAACGUGGCCACAAACAGGAGCUACCAUUUGGGAUAUUUAGUUGGAAAACUGUCCGACUUGUACAAAGACGCAGGAAAAAAGCUGCAGGACACGCGGGAUCUAAUCCAAAGAGGCGGAGUGAGCGAAAUGAAGGAUGCACUCUCUCAUUACGUGUCCAUGGUGUCAAAAGAACUACCACUGCUUCACCACAUGCAGCUGAAGAUCCCAUCAAAAGGUCUGAGUGAAUGCAUCCUCAGUCCGCCUCAGAAAAGUUGCAGGUCUGUGACCGUAGGCAUCACUGCAUGGCCUGAAGGAUCGCUUUUCUUGUCCAAAAACACAAGUCCUCAGGUCUUUCAUCAGAGGCUGGUGGAGCUGCCACCACCUCUGUCCCAGCUGCAGAACAGUUCACCCUCUGAGAUGAUGGACAAGUUGGAAUCUCUGUCUCCACAAAUCCAAGUUAGAAAGUGCCUGAGCGUCUUCUGGAUGAAAGUGGCAAACAAUCAGCAGCCCAUUCCAAAACCAGGCUGCUUGCUUGUAUCGAGAAAGGACAUAACCGUGGUGUCAGCUGGAAGUGAUUCUGCGAACGCUUUGGUCCUUUUUCAUCACCUUAAUCUGAGUGAAAUCACCAAGAUGGAGGUUAGUUUGGCAGGACAGCACGUGCGUCUGCUCGGCUGCUCUGAAGACGCAGUCUUGGCCGUCUUCACCCACAGCAAAGAUCUCACGCAGGAGUUCUGUAAGGUCGUCCUGGACGCUGUUGCUCCUGGAAGAUUCCAUGAAGGUCCUGAAAAUCACCCGUUGCUCUCUGACGACCUCAUGGUCCUCUCUCUGAACUGGAAAUCUGGUGUUCCUGACCUCGUCCUGGGCUGCGGCCUUCGCGUCACCUCCAGAUUCAAACGGGUCCUUGCAGACUUGCUCUACAUCGUCCAUGGGAACAUGGAUGACCGCAGCAGGCCGUCGCUGGCCAACGUUUGUCCUCUGCUCUACACGAGUGUCAAGGUCAUGAACCCGAGCUGGCCGCAGCAGGACGCCAUCUCUCAGUUCCUCCUGACCGACACUCACGUAACUCUUCUUUGUGAGGACAGCGUCUUCCGCCCGGUGCCACGAGGCUCCACUCUGGUUCCGGUCCAACCUCAGUUUCACAGACUCGAAGUCCGCAAGCGGUCAGACGUCAGAACUCUGAUUGUUAAGCAGAAAGACGGCUGUGUGGUCGUAGAACUCGUGUUUUCAACUCUCAGCCCGCAAGAGCAGGAGGCGGAGUGUGGACCGAGCCCGGCAGACGACGCCCUUACCUCUGACAGCAGGGGGCAGUGCAGAUCCUGGAGGUUGUGCUUUGGUUGCACGUCAGAUGCUGUGAUGCUGAUGGAUCACCUGUGCACCUGAGUGACAUCAUCAUCAUCAUCCUGGUUAUUUUACAGUUUCACGGAUUUAAUCUGAAGUUUCAUAAACAGUGCCAGAAAAAAAAAUGUAAUGUUGAUUGAAUUUCAACAGAUUUUUAUGACGAUGUCAUCAAAACGUUUAUUUCUUCAGUUUGUUUUUAAUUUUUAGAACAAAGUCAAAUAUAGUGAAUGAGUGAAUGUUUUCUGUAUCAAUUUUUUUUAUGUAUAGUGUGUGUCUGUUUGUAACUGUGUAUUUUACUAUAAAGUGACCUUGAGUGACAGAAAUUAUUAAUAUUAAAAAUGAUUAUUAUACCUGCAGUGAAUGAGUGAAGGUUUUCUGUACAACUGCAGUGAAUGAGUGAGAGUUUUCUGUACAACUGCAGUGAAUGAGUGAAGGUUUUCCGUACAACUGCAGUGAAUGAGUGAAGGUUUUUUGUAGAACUGCAGUGAAUGAGUGAAGGUUUUUGUACAACUGCAGUGAAUGAGUGAAAGUUUUCUGUAAUUCUAAAGUUGUCUGUUUUAGUUUAUUCAUGAUUUUUGGAUCAUAUUGAUAUUGAGGGAAAUGCUCAUGUGAUCAUCAAUAAUAAAAUCAUGUUUAAAAUAAAACAGAUUUUUUUAAA